AUGGUUGUUAAACGCUACUUCUACAUACAACAACUUUCAUUUUUCCUUUGCGGAAUUGAUUCGAAAGCCACAAAGCCUGAGCAUGUAGUAACACGACCUGUUCUAUGUUAUGUGCCCUUGCUCUUUGCCAUCUGCCAUGUUGUGGCCAUUAUCCAUUAUGCCUUUGUUAAUCGGAAUGAUUAUGUUGAGGUAACCGAUUCUCUAGCACUUUCCUGUCAAUCGCUUUUGGCCAUUUGGAAAAUGAUUAUAUUCUUGUGCAAGCGAAUGUCAUUUAUUGAAAUGAUACGUGAGGUGCAAUUGGGCAAUUUAAAGGCUGCUCGUCUUGAAUUACCGAUGAUACGUUCUGAAAACACAAGAGAUGUUAAAUUUUGUACAAUAUAUUUUACGGUAGUAUCAAUUGCAGCUAUUUUGGCUUUUUCAAAUCCGAUUAUUGAAGCUGUAUAUAUUUAUGUUUCAACUGGAGAGUUGGUUUUACGAGUACCGUAUAAGGCGAGUUACUUCUGGAGUCAUACGAAAAUACCUGGCUACUCUCUGGUAUACUUUUGGAAUAUGUUAAGUAUCUACAAUCUAUUUGGCAUAACAAUGGCCAUUGAUACUCUAUUUACAUGGCUGGUAAGUAAUAUUUCGGCACAAUUUCAUAUACUAUGCUUUCGUUUCAAAGACACUGCCAAUGCAUUUGAUGUGAAAACUAGUGGUAAUGGCUAUGAGUCUCUCAAAUUCAUGAAAAGCAUCAAGUCAUGCAUAAAAUAUCAUAAUGAAACCCUAAAGUUGGCCGAAAAACUAAAUCAAGUUUAUGGUGAAAUAAUUUUCAUUAAAUUCAUCAUCUCUUGUACGGAAAUCUGUUGUUUGGUUUUUCGUUUGAGUCGUCCCAGUGAAUCGUUGGCGGUGGCAGCAUAUCAGGGCUUGUUUUUGGUAACGGUGGCCAUGCAAUUGAUAUUGUAUUGUUACAAUGGUCAGAGGAUAAGGGAUGAGAGUUUGCAAGUGGCGCCAGAAAUCUAUUUUGCAUUUGACUGGAGUCAAUUGCCAAAAUCAUGUAAAAACUUACUUUUAAUACCAAUCAUGCGCUCACAAAAAGAGAGUCAAUUAAAAGGAGUCUUUUUUGUUGUGGACUUGACUUUAUAUUUAUGGGUCUUUAAAACGGCGGGAUCUUUAAUUGCUGCUUUGAAAACAUUAGAUGAAAAUCGUGUUUGA